AUGGAGGCCGUGGCAUCUUCAACAAACUUAGAUGCUGGGGCCCAGUUAAUUGUAGAAGAAUGUCCCACUAGCUACAGCCUUCCACCCAUGCCGGACAUUAAAGUGGAGCAUCAGCUUGACUCUAGCACAGAGGAAGGCCCAGCUCAGAGUGUCACCAUGGGAAUGAAAUUCAUUUUGCCCAAUAGAUUCGAUAUGAAUGUCUGCUCACGAUUUGUGAAAUCUUUGAAUGAGGAGGACAGCAAAAAUAUUCAAGACCAAGUUAACUCCGAUCUUGAAGUGGCAUCUGUCUUAUUUAAAGCUGAAUGCAACAUCCACACUUCUCCUUCCCCUGGUAUCCAAGUAAGACAUGUUUAUACUCCGUCAACUACUAAGCAUUUCUCACCAAUAAAACAAUCAACUACCCUAACUAACAAACACAGGGGAAACGAAGUCUCUACAACACCUCUGCUUGUAAACUCUUUAUCGGUUCAUCAGCUGGCUGCUCAGGGAGAAAUGUUGUAUCUGGCCACACGUAUUGAACAAGAAAAUGUAAUCAAUCAUAAGGAUGAAGAAGGAUUUACCCCUCUGAUGUGGGCUGCAGCUCAUGGGCAGAUAGCAGUAGUGGAAUUUCUCCUCCAGAACGGUGCAGAUCCUCAGAUUUUGGGGAAAGGGCGAGAAAGUGCCCUCUCACUAGCUUGCAGUAAAGGAUACACAGAUAUUGUCAAAAUGCUACUUGACUGUGGAGUUGAUGUCAAUGAGUAUGACUGGAAUGGAGGCACACCUCUGCUAUAUGCGGUACAUGGGAACCAUGUGAAAUGUGUAAAAAUUCUCCUCGAAAGUGGUGCUGAUCCAACCAUCGAAACAGAUGCUGGCUAUAAUUCCAUGGAUUUGGCUGUAGCCUUGGGCUAUCGGAGUGUUCAACAGGUUAUUGAGUCUCAUUUAUUAAGGCUACUUCAAAAUAUCAAGGAAUAAUGGUUGGCUCUUCUGCAGGUAUCAGUUCUCAGCUUGGAGAUUUGAACUGCUGUUUAGCCCUAUAAUCGGUGACAAGUUGGUUGUUCUGUAACUUUAUCUCAGUUCAACUAUUUGCUGGUUUUUGUUAAGCUUUUUAAUAUUCUUCCUCUUCUUUCAUUGUUGUUCGUAGAAAUAUGUGAUGUCAUCCGUUUCUUAAAUAUUUUUUAUAUAAUUUUAGAAGAAAAGGUCAGUUGUCAUGCAUGAAAAACAUUGUAUAUAAAACCAGUUUUGACUAUCUAA